UAUUAAAACGAGAAGGACGUGUUUCAUUGACAGACUGAUUAGCGAAUAGACAAUUAUAAUAAGUUAAAUGGUAUAAUGUUCAUUAGGAACGUCACAAGUAAUAUUCGAAUACGUACAUUAAAUCGCUUUUGUAGUCAUAAUGCUCCAAGAAAAACACACGUCUUCGAAAAUAAACCUGUUUUAUAUGGAGAUGAGGUGUCACCCCCCGUGAGGUUCGUCCUGAUGACGGCGUCGGUGCUAGAUAUAGAGCUGAAGUUUCACCACAUUGAUCUGUUUUGUUCGGAACAUAGGACUAAAUUUUAUACAAAGAUAAACCCUUUACAAAAAGUGCCUGCUUUGGUAGCAGGAGAUGACGUUAUACGAGACAGCCACGCUAUCGCAAUAUAUCUUUGUGGUAAAAGUAAAACCAGAAAAAUAUACCCCAGGGACGCAUCCACGAAGGCUCAAAUAGAUCAGAUGUUAUUCUUCAAUUCUGCCGAAUUAUUCCCAAUCGACAGUGCGAUAUACACAGAAUACUUCACCGGAAAAUGGCCUGCUGAUGAAGAAAAAGUGAAAGAUUGGUACCGCCUUUUGGAUUACUUAGACAACCGACUUAGCGAACGUACUUGGUUAGCGGGUGAUAAAGUAUACCUGUGCGAUAUCUGUUGCGCAGCGACAAUAUCUUCUCUUCAGCUUUUAUUGCCCUUAUUGGAUCGGCAUAAAAAUUUAAAAAGUUGGUUACAAAAGUUAGAUGCGUUGCCUUGUUUCGAAAUAAACAGACGUGGACUGAAACGUUUGAAUGUGUUUGUUGAAAAAAUUAAAACAAUACUAUAA